ACCUCCCCAUUUCCGAUUGGAUUGCUAUAUUUAGGAAAACGCCUUACGCUUUAUAAAGAGAUUGCUGUAGUUUGUGGCAAAAGGCUCCGGAGUUAGUGGAAAGGACUGACUUGAGGGACGAGUUUGACCAGUAUCUGCUUAGAGUUUGAAAGCUACUGGAGUUGACACGACUAAACAUUUACAACUGCCGACUUUGGACUGAGCCGCGUUUGAGAGCGAGAACUGGGAGAGGCAGCAAUGGCAGACAUACGAAAGAAACUUGUCGUGGUGGGCGACGGUGCAUGUGGGAAAACAUGUCUACUGAUAGUAUUCAGCAAAGACGAGUUUCCAGAAGUGUAUGUCCCGACUGUGUUUGAGACGUACGUGGCGGACAUAGAAGUGGAUAACAAGCAAGUCCAGCUGGCUUUGUGGGACACAGCCGGACAAGAGGACUACGACCGGCUGCGGCCGCUCUCCUAUCCGGACACCGACGUCAUUCUGAUGUGCUUCUCGGUGGACAGCCCGGACUCGUUGGAAAACAUCCCUGAAAAGUGGGUCCCUGAAGUGAAACACUUUUGCCCGAACGUACCCAUCAUAUUAGUGGCCAACAAGAGGGAUCUCCGCAACGACGAGAACGUGAAGAAUGAGCUGUCUCGGUUGAAGCUGGAGCCAGUGAAAACAGAGGAUGGCCGGGCCAUGGCCACGCGCAUUGGCGCAUAUGACUAUUUGGAGUGCUCAGCUAAAACCAAGGAGGGGAUCUGGGAAGUAUUUGAAACGGCAACACGGGCAGCUUUACAGAAACGACAAACAACCCGAGGUGGCUGUUUCAAAUGCUGUGUUUUGAUGUGAACUGACUCUGGCUUGGGCGGGGGGCUACUGGGACGCGCAAGAACAGACGUUUCCUGCGUUGGGGUCCGUGUCUGGACAUGUGAGGGCAGUGACCAUUGUUCAGACACUCCCUCGAAGUCGGAUGCCUUUGCUUGAACCAAAACCGAUGACUGCAAACGGAGCUGAUUGGAACACACACGAAUAUCAUCUGAUGGCGGGUGUAAUGAGGGGGGUGGGGGGGAAAUACACUGGUUAUGGCAUGUUGGCGUGUUCUUUUUGGGGUCACAUGAGCCCAGUCUGACUGAAAAAAAUCACAAAGCGUUUGAUUUCAGUGGGCGACUUUUCAAUCCCCUUCUGCAUCUUCUCGUGUAGACGAGAAGGCCUGCUGGAGAGUCGAGAUGACUCUGCUCUCUUUUUUUGUGUUUUAAAGUUUGCAUAGGCCACAAGCCUUAUUGCCAAGGUUAUACUGUGUAACAAGCAAAGCAAAAAGAACAAAUGCACUGUUAUUUUUAAUAUGAGGUAAUUGAAGUUUGAUCUUGCACAAGACCAGGAUGCUACAGCAACGCAUAGAAAGAAAGCUUGUUAAAACUACAAGUCAUUGCCAACUUGUUGUUUUUGGUUUUUCUUUGUGAUAUUUUAGGGCACUUUUGCAAAGACAUUUCAUAGAUCAAGGUUGUGAUUGGUUAUUUAUGUUUUUAGAGUUUGUUAGUUCGGAGCACGGCUAAAAAAUAACGUAUAAUUUUGAUUCCACAGUAUUAAAUGUCUUUUUUCCCUUCAAAUUAUGCAGCAGGUUAGGUUUGAUUCAAGGUUUACAAGACUACACCUGGACCAGUCUUGAAAAGGGCUAACCACAAUGUCCUGUAGUUUUGCAGGUUUUCAGGCAGAAACUCUGUUAGUAUUAAGUGGGAGUCACGUUUUACAACUUUAGUUUUUUAUGUUGCUAAGCAUGCUUUUACACAAGUUUUAACUCAUUUUGACUAAUUUAUACAAACACAUUGUCCUCUGUACAUAUAUUUCUGUACAGCACAUCAGAACAGCAUCUUUUCAAGCACAUACAGUAGUAUAUAAUCCCAUUUCCAUCCAGCUGUCUCUGUUCUUUCAAACACAUUGGGGGAAAAACAGCUUGAAAUUUUCUGUUUGGGCACAGCUUCAUUUAGAGUGGCACGGAGGAUAUUUCCCAGAGACAAUUAAACACUUGAGACGGUGUGGCAUGUGAUGGCCUUGCUCGGUGAAGGGCGUUUUCUCAAAGUGUCAUGAAACUGCUGUUUAUGACCCAACAGCACACGCUCAUGUGGGAUUAAGCCAUCUGAUGGCAACACUUUAUUGGAAGUGUUUCAUGCAAUUCUAUUAGUAGAACACUUAUGUAAUAGUGACACACUCUUAAACUAAAGGGCUUCCCUUUGAUUAUUAAAACAUGAGAAAACGGUAAAUGUGAAGUACUAAUGAUUAUAGAGCUGUUAAACUGAAUUAAAUACAGUUGAGAAAGAGAAAGUUUUUUCUUUUUUCCCUUUUUCUUAAAAUCUCAAUGUCUUCCAUUAUGACAGUGAAUGUACCUUAAAUUUAUGUUGUCAAAAAAUGUUACUGAAAGCUAAAAUCAGUGUAUUUUGAGCUGACUUUUUUUUUCAUUCUUGUGAAAAGGAUUAAGAUAGUUUUUUUUGUUUGUUUUUUUUUCAGUGUUUUUCAAGUGUUGUGUAACUGUCCUCUUGCAUGAUGGUGGGAGUGUGUGUUCAUAUGACUGUGAACAUUAGUUACAGAGACUGUUGUUAAGGGUGAAACUCUUACUGUUCAUGUUUUGCUCUUUUACUUGUUAUUGGAAACAAAAAAAUAUGGAUUUUUUGCUUUAAACACUUACUUUGUCUGUGUUUUACUAAGAAACUGCGCUGCAGGCACAUCUGUGUUUAAAAAUACUUUU